UUCGUGAAUAUUAACGAGAACGRCCUAAGCCAAAACUUGUGUAGACUAUAGUGCACUAGCACUAUUAUAGUCGACUGGCGCAGUUAUUGCAGUUGUAGUCGUCGAACACCAACACACGCGACUUUAUUGAUAAUAAUAAUUUAAAAAUACGAUUACACAACAAACACACGUCACACACACACAUAUACACAUACACGCACACACACACUCUCACAUAUUUACUCCGAAACCGGUAAGAGAAGAAAAUAAUAUCACACAUAAUACAAUAUUCACAUUAUUGUUUAGAACUGCAGAAGGCAACGACCAGCGCUCGGCAUCAACAAACCGCCGCCGCAGCAGAUUCCAUAUUUUCAGUGCGCUACGUAUUCAGCAUCCGUUCGAUCAUCUCUCUCUCUUAAUUUAACACCAUAUUAUUAUUAUGUCUGUGUUACCGCGGAGAAUACUCAAGGAGACACAACGUCUGAUGCAGGAACCGGUGCCCGGAAUUAGUGCCAAACCGGACGAAGGAAAUGCGAGGUAUUUUCACGUCAAAGUCACGGGGCCCGAAGACUCACCAUUUGAAGGGGGCCUGUUUAAGUUGGAACUAUUUUUGCCCGAAGACUAUCCAAUGUCUGCACCAAAGGUUCGCUUCAUCACUAAAAUUUACCAUCCAAACAUUGACCGACUUGGAAGAAUAUGUUUGGAUAUACUUAAGGACAAAUGGUCACCAGCAUUGCAGAUACGUACUGUUCUUUUGUCCAUACAAGCAUUGUUGAGCGCACCAAAUCCAGACGAUCCAUUGGCAAACGAUGUAGCAGAACUAUGGAAAGUCAAUGAAAUAGAAGCCAUACGCAAUGCUAAAGAAUGGACACGCAUGUAUGCCACAGAAAACUGAACUGUACGCUUUAAGUGAGGAGUAUAAAAAUAAAGUUAAAAGUUAAUUAUUAUAAUAAUAUAAAAUACUCUGAAUGAAAACCAUUCUAAAUCGAGCAAUAUACUUUAUAUAUUUUUUUCCAACAGUUGUCUUUUAACUAAUGGAAAUUUAUUAAGAAUUAUAGAAAAUGGUAAUGAUGGAAUAUAAUUGUUAACAUAUUGUUGUUCCCUCRAAUUGUAUUAUUAUGCCUUUGGUAUGUAAUCACAAUGUUAACUUAAAAGGGUAGGGAGUUUUACUAGCCUAUUCUACUGAAUGAAAUAUAGAACUGUUAAAGUCAUCAGUGAAUACUAGUAAUUUACUUAUAUAUAUAUAUUAUAUUUAUGUAAAACUUAUGUAUUUUCAUUUUAAUGUUGUAAUGCUUUUCAUCA